CUGCAGUGCUGAGGCUGAGGAGAAAGAAUGAAGACUCUACUGUUGGCCAGUGUACUCCUGGUUUGGACCAUGAGGGCCUCAUCAGAGGAGAAAAUAACUGUGAUCAAAGAGAAGAACGGAAUCCGCCUGGAAUGUCCGAAGUCAGAUAACUUGUAUAGCGGAUCAGUCCUACACAAUGGGAUAUUGGAGUACACUGAUGAGAAGACAGGGGAGUACGUAUGCAAGAACAACGAGUAUGAUCCAACAAUUAAAAUGUACGUCAAGUUCCGGACAUGUAAGAACUGCAUCCAACUGGAUCCUGCCGCUGCAGCAGGUAUGGCUAUCGGAAACCUGGUGGCUACAGUUAUGAUUGGAGUAGCUGUAUACCACAUAGCCUCCCAGUCCAGACGCACUCCAGCCACAGUCCAACAAGCUUCAGAUCGCCGUGCACUCAUCCCUAAUGAAUCAAACAACGAAAGCCACUAUCAGAAACUGAACGACAGGACUCGCAGCAAUGACCUCUACUCCUACGCCAGGACUGGCUAGGCCUCCUCACCAACUGACCCACUGACCACCCCCUCUUCCUCUUAACACACUGGGCAAAGUGUUGUAAUUGGUCCCACCUAUCUUUCUUAUACCAAAUCAAAACGUUAAUUUUGUUUGUAUUUUUGGGAUGCUACCAUUCAUGCUUUCUAUCAUGUUGUAGUGCUUAGCUUUCUAGUAGGUCUCUAUACUGAAUUAAAUAUACUGUAAAUGUACUAAUAUGUAGAUACCAAAAUACCCUAAAGCUUUUACAAGAAAUGUGAAACUCUGUACUUGCUGUUAAACACGUCCCUGCCUUCUUAUUACAUAGGUCAGUUUAUGUUAUUUUGUUAUGUAAAGUUUGAUAAAACUAUUUUAUUUUAAAAUAAAAUAAUUAAUGUGUGAGGAAAUAGAAUCAGAGCAAUGUAUUUAGAAAAUUGUUGAGUUCAAAACUUGGGUGUCACCUUUGAUUGUGACUUAUUAUUUAAUAAGAAGAUGAAUGCUGUGGUUUAAGGAAACCUUUUCCAUCUCAGGUCCAUUGCUUAAUUAAAAUGGUUUCUCUCACAGAAGGACUUGGAAAUAGUGAUUCAUGCUCUUAA